UACCAAGAAGUUUCGUUAAUCAGAAAGGUGCAGACUUUGAAAUACUUUAGAUGUCUUAUUGGCUGUCCUCUUUGUUAGCUUUGCUUUCGGUGUGCACCAUUUUGGUGUCUCAGUAUACGGAGGAAGCUGUGAAUUACAAAUUUUGCGUCUGUCCUUGUGAGCAUUUACUUACUUUAAAUGUGAAACAAUAUUUUACUGGUGAUGCAAACUGCGUUAUGAUGCGCAAUACCUACUUUAAUGGUUUUACAUUUGUUAACGAAGACAACCCGGGCGGACAACGAGCAGUGCAUCAUGAUAUAAAACAUGUAACCGUAAAGCCAAUGGUGGUUCCAUUCAAUUACGCUUGGAGAAUAUUCUAUCCGUGGUGGAAUAUCAGCAGUGUCACACGUAAAAUUCCUGUGGUAAUACAAAAUAUUAUGACGCAGGAAUUCAUGCGAACAUCUGGAACUAUAAACGUAAGCAUUCGUCUCGUCGUAACCACAGCUACUCUUUCGUACGACUCAUUGUGGGAGCCCUCUAAUUUCGCGAAUCGUUACCUAUUCAAACACGUCAAAUCUAAUCGGUGGUUGACGGCUCAUCAGCAUUACAAGGACCGGUGGGAUCGUGGUCAAAUGGGCAUUGAUUUAAUAGGGGACAAUAGGUCAUCUGAAUAUGACGAUGUGUUCCAGUUCCGAACGCAAUCAUGCUAUAUAUAGAAAUGAAGUAAUAAAGUGUCAAAGUGUCCAGUUAAA